AUGACUAUAGCGGAAUAUACCAGCAAGUUCGAAGAACUCUGUAGGUUCUCGAGAAUAAGUCAGGGUACUUUUGAGUCCUAUGAGUGCUGGAAAUGUGUCAAAUACCAAGUAGGGCUGAGGGAAGAUAUCAUGUGUAUUGUGGCUCCAUUGGAGAUUAGGCGAUUCUCUGAAUUGGUAGACAAGGCAACAAUUGUUGAAGAUUAUGCCAAAGAGGCGACUUUGGAGAGAGAUGUUCGUGGCAGUACUAGUAGCAGAGUUUGUGGGAAGUAUGUUCCAUCAAGAGGCCAAAACUUCAAGGGUAGACAUGCCCCUCAGCGAUAUCAAGGUCAAUGGCAUAUUGGAAAAAACCUUGGCCACUAUCACCAAGCGAGAGGAGGAGGAAAGCAGGCGUGGGAUCAACAAGAGGAGUUAAGGUACCCGAGAUGUGGAAGAUACCAUCCAGAAAAGUCGUGCAUGGCUGGGUUCAAUGGAUGUUACCGCUGUGGAUCGUCAGGGCAUAUCUAUAGACGUUGUCCUUACAAAAAGGACCAAGAUGCAGAUCGGUUCCAGUGA